AUAUGCAUUGUUGCUACAUUUUCGGCACGUGCUCAAUUGCACACCACACCUUUCCCUUUCCCCCAUAUAAAUUCCAACGGUCCCUACUUGCUUCCGACCCCUCUCUCUCUCUCUCUCUCUCUCUCUCUUAUGUCUAUCUCUGUUUCUCUCCGCAGUGAAAACCCUUAUCUGGUAUUGUUCAGCUUCUGCAAUCAGUUGCCAUCUCCUCCGAUGCCACCCCUUCCGCUACUGCUCUUUUGUUUCUUCUUUGUCUUCUUCCUGAUAUUGCACCGAUUGGUCCUGAGACUGUCGGCCGCUGGCACCGUUCCUUCGUGCCACGGUCCCAAAGUGCACCCCGUCAUUGGAUCGUUGCUUCCGUUCUAUAAGAACAGGCACAGGCUAUUGGAUUGGUACACGGAGAUGCUCAAGGCAUCGCCGAACCUGACCUUCGUCAUGUGGCGCCUCGGUGCUCGUCGGAUCGUCGUCACUGCCAACCCCGAGAAUCUGGAGCACAUGCUCAAGACCAACUUCCCUAACUAUCCCAAGGGCAAGCCCUUCACCGACAUCCUCGGCGACUUCCUCGGGCGCGGCAUCUUGAGCGCCGACGGCGAUCUCUGGCACAUGCAGCGCAAGCUCGCGAGCCACGAGUUCAGCGCCCGAUCCCUGCGUGAAUUCGUCGUUAAUGUUCUGGAGCGCGAGGUCGGCGAGAGACUGCUACCCAUCCUGUCGUCCGCGUGCGCCGACCGGCGGGUGGUCGACAUGCAGGACUUGCUCCGCCGCUUCGCCUUCGACACCGUGUGCAAGAUCUCGUUCGGCACAGACCCCGGCCUCCUCGACCCCUCGCUGCCCGAGUCGGCCCUCGCCGGUGCCUUCGAGGUGGCCUCGGCGAUCAGCGCAAAGCGAGGGGCUGCGCCGGUCUUCGUGGUCUGGAAGGCGAAGCGCGCGCUCGGCGUCGGCUCCGAGCGUCAGCUCCGAGCCGCGGUGAAACUGAUCCAUGCAUCCAUCAUGGAGGUAAUUCGGAGGAGGAAGGCGACGCUGGAGAAUGGCACACAGCACAAAGACCUCCUGUCGAGGCUCAUCACCGGAGGCCACGAGGAAGAGGUGAUCCGCGACAUGGUCAUCAGCUUCGUGAUGGCGGGGAGGGACACGACGUCGGCGGCUCUGACAUGGUUCUUCUGGCUCGUGUCAAGCCACCCCGAGGUCGAAGCAGAGCUGGUCAAAGAAGCGAAACGAGCCAAGGGACGAUCGGACUUACAUGCGCUCAAAGACAUGAAAACGUUGGAAGCCUGCCUCUGCGAGAGCAUGAGGCUGUACCCGCCGGUGGUGUGGGACUCUAAGCACGCGGUAAGCGACGACGUGCUGCCCGACGGGACGCGGAUCAGGGGAGGCGAUCGGGUGACGUACUUCCCCUACGGCAUGGGGAGGAUGGAGAGGCUCUGGGGGGAGAACUGCCUGGAUUUCGAUCACAGGAGGUGGUUGUCGGAGAGCGGGGAGGUGGUGCGAGAGUCGCCGUUCAAGUUCCCGGUCUUCCAAGCCGGGCCAAGGAUCUGUCUGGGGAAGGAGAUGGCCUUUCUCAAGAUGAAGUACAUUGCGGCGGCUGUGCUCCGAGAGUUCGCGCUGAGGAGGGUGGAGGGUGAGCGACAGAAGCCAACGUUGGUCCCGAUGCUCACCGCGCACAUGGCUGGUGGCCUACAAAUGGUGGUAGACAGCAGGAAAUAAUUGGGAUAAUCCCCGUGUCAAUAAUUUCUCAAGAAUAUAUAUAUAUAUAUACAUAUAUAUAUUUCCCGAAUCCAAUCCAAAGACCAUUUUACA